AUGCGGAUGCUGGACGAGAAGAGCAAUAACGACGUCGAGGUGUCGUGGGAGGACCAGCAGCGGAUCAACCGCUUCAGUCGUCUGCAUGCAACCUUUAGCGACGUCGAGGAGGAGCUCAAGGCGCGGCGUACGGAGCGCGAGGAGCUCGACGAUCUCGGCAUGGAGCUUGAGCUGCUCGAGGACGAGCGCAUUCUGUACAAGGUGGGCGAUGCAUACAUUAGCAUGGCACAGGAGGAUGCCGUCACGCAGCUCGAGCAGGACACACAGCGCGCCGACAAGGAGCUCGCGCGCCUCCAAAAGGUGAUGGACGAGUGCGAGUCGGGCAUGAACGAGCUCAAGGUCGCAUUGUACGCCAAGUUUGGCUCGAACAUCAACUUGGAAAACUAG